AUGAGCAAUAACUCUUCUCCACAGGACACCCCAGACCAGACUCGUCACCUCCAUUGGCAUCCUCCUCAGGAGUCAGACCAGAGACAGAGACACUGGUACAGAGAGACUUCAGACAACACACAGCAGGAGCAUAUUCAGCUGAUGCAUGGAAAAACACACCUGAGUCCCGGCCCAUCAGCUGGAGACCCAAAGAGAGUAACAGACAUAAAGGUUGAAGAUUGUGAAGGACACCCCAGACCAGACUCAUCACCUCCACUGGCAUCCUCCUCAGGAGUCAGACCAGAGAGUCCCGGCCCAUCAGCUGGAGACCCAAAGAGAGUAACAGACAUAAAGGUUGAAGAUUGUGAAGGACACCCCAGACCAGACUCAUCACCUCCACUGGCAUCCUCCUCAGGAGUCAGACCAGAGGUCAGCCUGCAGGGGAGUGGACCUUUGGCAGGACUGCCCGGCACCCUACAGCAAACAUCAGCACAUUCUACAUUGCAUAACGUCAUGAAGAGUCCCGGCCCAUCAGCUGGAGACCCAAAGAGAGUAACAGACAUAAAGGUUGAAGAUUGUGAAGGCAACAAUGCAAACAAAGAAGAUGAUGAUAAUCAUUUGGAUGAUGACACUUUCUUUUGGGAUGCCUCAGAUGGAAGUGACAUGGAUUUAAAGACAUACAAGGCAGAGGAACAUUGGCAAGUUCUGAGUGAAAUUGCACCUGGGGCUGAAACUGUUGCCACUUUGAAGGUUCUUGCUAUUCUACGAAAGGGGAUCAUUCUUGAACCUCGGGACAAGUUGUUCUUGGUUAUAGAUGGAACUACCAAGAUAUCCAUGGACAUUGUUUGGUAUGAGGGAGUCGGUUCCAUGUUAAGUUGUUCAUUUUCUGUAUGGAAAGAGAAAGGAAGAUACCUUGCAUACACUUACUGUCUUGAAAGGAAUGGUAAAAAAACAUGUGAAGAUGCAAGGACAAAAGGAUGGUUUUCUUUUGCUAAAUGCUUUGCUCUCCGAAGGCCAUUCAGAAGUAUUGUGGACACUGACACAGUUCUUUACCAGUUUGAUGAUAUUUGCAUGAAGAGCCCAACGUGGAGAGGCAAUUCUACAAAGAUUGAUGAAGUGCGGCCCAACUUCCUCAAGGCAGUAAUGCUUCACUUGAUGAACUGCCAAAAUGCAGACUUUCCUGACUUACAACACAGAAUAGAAUGUUUUCAGCAUUCUGUAAAGAAAAGAGUGAUUUGUAGCUCUAAUAGAGAAGAUGAGGUCAUAUUCCCAAACCUGGAUGUAAAGGUGCUCACAAAAGCUCUUCAGGAAGCAUUGCUGAUGCAGGAACCCUAUUCACCAAUUCAAAAAGUCCUAGUGGCUGCAGUAAUUGCUAAGCAGCUUGGACUUCAACUUGACCACAACACAGUUCAGCAUAUUUCCAAAAUGGUGAAAAUCAGUGGCAACAUCCAAGGGACUCUCACGGGUCUUGAUGACUCAGUGCGCUGUUGCAUUGCCAGUUCUCUACAUCAUGUUGUGAACAUGGCAAGGAGACAGAAGUCACCGAAGGAGGUUUUGUGGCUUACAGCUCUGUACUAUGCAGUCUGUCCACCAGAGCAUAAACAGACCCUUGUCACCAGUGGGCUCUAUAAUGGGCAGGUACAAAGUGAUCUGGUAGAAAUUGUUGACACCUAUUCAAUGAAGACUGGCAAUCAGAGGGCUUUUGCCUCUGCAGUUUUAGAGAUGUUUUCUCCAACAAAUGGUGAUCUUCGGGUUUUGUCCAAACUAAAUCUUUCACCAAAGGACCUCUUGGAACAGUUAUCAACAUGGCAGAUGGAUUAUGCGUUUCAUACCCUGCAUGAGGUGAUUAAAAAAAUAGCCUCAGUGAUUAAGCCAUGGGUGGAAUCAAGUUUACAGAGUCGUGCUUCCUUUGACAUGAUGAAGAAAGAUAUUCUGUCUUGUUUGGAACUAACAAUGAACAUCUUUAAGAAGGCUACUGGACAGUGGACAUAUAUAGAGAAUGUCUAUUCAGUUCUUCACCUGUUAAACUCAUUCAGUGGCUGCCUAAACUGGAUUGAAGGUGAUAAGCGUUUGCAGAAACUAAGCAAAGACACUUGUUCUGCCAUUAUUCCUUGUAUGACAUCAUGCAUCAAAAAGGUGCUCCUUCAAAGGACACAAAUGGACUGGACCAAACUGUAUGAGAUACAGUGUGAUAUCUGGCAGGAUGACUGGGAGAGAAACCUGAAAAAACUAUUCACAGACUGGCUACAAAAAGAGACGGAAGUCAAGGUCGUUGAGCUCUUUGCGAAGACCCCACAUUGCCCACAUGCAAUGAAUGAAUGUUUGUUAAGACAGGUCACCAAAGCUAUCAGCAAGCUCUAUGGCAAGGACGACAAGAACAGAUAUAUACACUCGAGGAAUCAACAAGCAUUGGGAAGUGAAAGUCUUAUGGAAAUUGUAUCGACUUGCCAAAGAUAUGGAAUAUUGAUGAGUUUGAUCAUUGAAAACAUAUCUGAAGAUAGAAGAUGGCAUCCUAGUGAUUACCUUCAUGUACUUUAUAAUGUCAAAAUUACUGAGCUUUUCAAAACUUUGGCAUUGCGGCAGAACGAGGAGGCCAACUACAGGGAACCCCUCUCAUUAAAAGCAAAGGAGUUCAUACAGGAUACUCACACAUUUCUGGAGAGGUUACCCGAAUACAUUAUCAGCAAGUCAAUCUCCUGCCAACAAAUGUCAUAUAUAAUUGAUAGAAAAAAACAACCCAACACAUAUACUAUGGUUAUGGGGCAAAACUUGAAGUCCUACAGUGAAGCACUGCAAGAGGCAGAGAAGGAUUUCAAGUCUUUCCGAGAAAUGCAGUGCAACAUGAGGGCACUCUACAAUAUUUGCCAAGGAUCACCAGUGGAUAUACAGCCACUUAAAUCAACAAUGCUAUGCGAUUUGUCCACUGAGAAACAUUCUCUGAAAAACAUGAUGGAAAAGCUGUCCCCAACUUCUGAUUCAGAAGAGAGUGCACAGUUCAACAUCCAGGUGUUUGAAAAGAUUGGUAUUCUAUCUGAUAGCACAUAUUUCAAACACAUUUGGAGGAAGAUAGCAAAGGAUGUUAAGUUAUCAGAGUUUGAGGAAGUGUCUUUAAUUCCACUAAAUCAAGUCUACAGAAUGAUUUAUAAACCAGCAAUAGAGGAAUUCAAAAAUUCCCAUGAAAUGCUGAUGAACCUGUUAAUGACUCUUGAAGACCUGGAGAAUAAAAUGGGGACAUUUCUGAAGAAAGAUGCCCAUAAGAAGGAAUUGCAGCACAUGAACAGAUUUUUCAGUGAAGACUCCAUCCCUGGUUGGGUUGAAAAUACAUGUGAACAUAUCAAACGGUACCAAGAGCUUUACUCUGCUGUUGAAAAUGCAAAAGUGGUCAAUGACCUCAAGGACAGUCUUGGUCUACAAGGAGAUUUCCUUUCUAUUGGAAACCUUCAAGUAAUGAGUCAUACGUGUUUGCGUGAUCUGACACUAGAGAUGCACAAAGCAGGAGAAAUAGUGAAGAAGUUUCCACCCUAUGUCAUCAGUUUCCUAAAAGAACUAAGCAAAUGUGUGGAAAAAGGAUUCAUAUCUUGGAUCAAAGAGAUCAUCAAAGAUACUGGAGAGCUAUCUGCAUUUGUGGAACUGGCGUCGAUCUCUGCUGGAGAAAAUGCCCUGGAUAUCGACAAAGUGUGUUACUUUAGAGAUGCCAUUUCUGCUGCUGCACCCCUAAUUUAUGGAUUAACGGAAAAGUCUGGAUUCACCGAAUUCAGAGAUGCAGUGAGAGAAGUUCAGUCGGAACUUCUAAAUGACAAAAAGCUUGAGGAAAAGCUGAGAGACUCCUGCAAGAACAGAGACUGGCUUGAGAUAGCUUAUGAGACACAUGGGUCUGUGGAGAGGUCAUCUUUGCGUCAGGCAACAGAUAUCAAUGAAAGUGGAAUCUACACCAUCAGAAGGCCUUCAGGGAAAACCAUGGUGACUCUGGAAAAUUGCAUUGCUCUAAAAUGUAAAGAAGUGUCUUCCGAUGGAAAUAGUAAAUAUAGGGAUUACAGCCUGACUGAACUCAAGGAACUCCAGAACAAACUAAUGCUGAUCACGGUCACUCAUGACAACAGAGAAGAUGGCAUCACAAAUUAUGUGGAGGUAUUGGAGCACAUAAUCAAUGUCGGAACAUCCUUCCUUGAACUCUGUGAUGCUGGUCAUGUUCUUUUCAAAGACUGGGAGAUGACAGCCUACUGUAAGCGUGAGCGGGAAUCCAAAAUCUGGGUGAACUUUGGAAUCACCAACGUGAAAAUCAAAGGACAAAGACCUCUGCUAAAGGAGCUGAAGGGACUCUGUGACAGCAUGAAGUGUUGCCUCUCAGAGUGGCUGAAGUAUGUGGAGACAAAAAGGAAUAAAUACUAUUCCCUGAAUUGUUUCACAGCAAAGCAGCUGAUGAAUCUGUGCUGCUCAAUGGCAGAAGUACAACACAAACACGAAAUUAGUGCUAGUUUGCUCAACAUGUUGUCCGUCAUGAAAGAGGACAUCACAGACGAAGAUGUAAAGGAUGCUCUUAACGAUGCACUCCAGACCCCAGUUGAAGACAGUGGAACACAAGGUUCAGCCCUGCUCAAAAAGUUCCUUUACAUUUAUCCAGAUCACUUAGAAUAUUUCAUAGGGUUUGGACUUCCUGAGAAAGUGGGCAAGGCAGGAAUAAUGUAUUGUGAACAGCAAGCACACGAGGGAGGGAGAAGUCCAGAAGACAUUGAUGAAUAUAGAGAUUUUGUGAUGGAACAUAUUGAUGAGCAUCAAGAUGAUGAUGAUUGGGUCCGAGAAUGGAGUGAAAAAUAUGAGAAAGCAAAAGAUGAUGUGCUUGGUAGUCAAAUGAAAUUCAAAGGGGGGCACUCCUCUGAUCAAAUGUCAUCUUUUGCAAUGACACAGGAUGAGAUUUCAACAAUGUUUGAAAACUUAAACCACACGGAUGAUAAGAUUGUGAUGCUUUGGAAGACAUACCACAACAAACUUUCAGGACUUGUGUCAGAUAAAUUUGUGGAUUUAGAUGUGUUGGGAGAAACCAUACAGCAUAUAGCUAAUUCUUCAACAGCCGUUGUACAACGAAAACUACCGUUUGGCUUGGAAGCUGGAAAACCAAAUCUCAUCUCCUGUAAAUAUGUUGAAAUGGCACCACUUUGUCUGUCAGUGUACAAAGAUGAAGAACAGCCUCUGCCAAGCUAUGACGAGAUCCUGAUCUGCACACCUGAGACAACAGCAGAGGAGGUUGAGCUGAUCCUCAGAAGAGCUCUCCAGUCUGGCAACAUACAUGAGAAGAUCUACAGUUUGCUGAAUGCAGACAAACUCAAUCAUGAGGUCUCAAGAAAACUGGAGUCCACAUACUACAAACUAUCGAAAACGCAAGAUAGUGCAGCCACAGAAAAUUACAGGUUGAUCAUUUGUUGUGAUUCAAAAGCCAGUCAUAGUUAUGUUGCUACUGCCUUUGACAAUUUCAAAAGAACACUUUCGGAGAACCCACGCCGAAAUCAAGAGAUUAAACUGUACCUUAAGGCUCAACACAAAUUGCCCUCUGGGGCUGAAAAGGGAUUUGGAAAAUUACACCGCUUUCAGCUCUUUCCACAAAGGACCAAACUUGUCUUCUCAGAGCAUGCUGGCAUGGGAAAAUCACUUUACGUGAAAAGUCUUGUGAAUGCAAUGAAAGAACUGAAAGAGGAAGACUUCACCCAUGAAACCAUCAGACUUACUGAAUCACAGCUGAGACCAGAACACAUUAUCCAGAAGUUUCAGAUAUAUGAGGACAAGCCCACUGACACAGUGCCAAGGAUAUUCCACUUUGAUGUUCCCCCUGUGGUAUCCAAGGGUCUUUACUCAUUCCUGCUCCAGCUGUUUGUAUUGAGAUGCUUUCAGAGCCCAGACGGAUCCAUGUGGAGGUGCAACAACUCCCAUGUGUACUUGGUGGAAUACACAAGACGAACAAAUAGAGAAUGUGAUAGACAUAACUCUGAGAUUCCCACCAAAAUGGAAGAGGCAUUUCUGGAAAUGUUCCCAAAUGUCAAAUGCCUGUCACCAGAGGAGACACAGAAGUACCUGUCUGAAGGAGGAUCAUCUGAUGAGGAGUAUCAGUUAAUGGAUCAGGCAGAAUUUUCCAGUGAAGCCUUUCAGCGGACAUACCAAUACUUCAAAAGAUAUGAACAGAACCAGCUUGAGAAUUUUUCAUUUGAACGUUUUUCAUGUGAGGAUACCCCUAAGGAGUGGUUACAAUGCCUUAUGCGUUACUGUGACAACAGAACACCCUCAUGGGGAGAACUCAGAAACUUCACACACUUCCUCAAUAUGCAGUUAAAGAAAUGUGAGCAAUCAAUCUUCUGCAGUGACAUCUUAAGUCAAGACCUUACUGGCUUCAAGAAAUUUGUUGUGAAAUUCAUGAUAACAAUGUCCAAGGAUUUCUCCAUGCGAUCACUAAUGAUAAGUGAUGAAAGUACUGAGAAAGAAAUGAACACAGAUGAAGAUGUUGAUCUACAAGAUUUCCAACUCAGAAGACGUUGGGAACAACAAGCUCACCCCUACAUCAUGUUUAAUGCUGACAACAAUUCCAUGACAUUUCUGGGGUUCCACAUUCAUAACUUGAAUGCCAUCGAUUCUCGUACUGGAGAGAUUGUAGAACAGAAGGUGAUUGACAGAGUGCUUUUUCACCAGUUGAGGACACAAAGGGUUCCAUUUAAUAUAGAGUUUGAGAUACUUCCACGGAAAGAACAGCUGGACAUCAUAAGUAGAGUUCUAGGCGUCAUCAACGUCACAGAUCCAGAUGACACCUAUCAGCUGACACUUGACAAUGUGAUGAAAAUCCUUGCCAUUCAUCUGCGAUUUGAGUCUGACAUCCCUGUCAUCAUCAUGGGUGAAACUGGAUGUGGGAAAACUCGACUGGUGCAGUUCAUGUGUGAUCUGCUGAGGUCUGGGAAAGAGGGCAAAAAUAUGAUUGUGGUGAGGGUUCAUGGAGGCACAACAUCAGAAACAAUUUACAAAAAAGUUAAAGAGGCUGUUGAGAUUUCAAAACGGAAUGAGGCUCUAGCAAUGGACACUGUUCUGUUUUUUGAUGAGGCAAACACAACAGAAGCUGUGAAUGCAAUCAAGGAAGUUAUCUGUGACAAAUCUGUGAAUGGAGAACCAAUUGAUGCACGUCGUCUAAAAAUCAUUGCGGCAUGCAAUCCCUAUAGGAAGCACUCACAGGAAGCCAUUGAACAACUGGAGAAAGCUGGCCUCGGGUACCAAGUAAAGUCUGAGAAUACAGAAGAGAAACUAGGACAAAUUCCAAUGAGGCAGCUGGUCUACAGAGUUCAGCCUUUACCUCCAAGUCUUUCACCACUUGUCUGGGACUUUGGAAAAUUAAAUGAGAAGACACAAGAGCUGUACAUCCAACAGAUGGUUAAAACAUUCUUCCAAAAAGAAAAACUUCCAAAAGAGCAUGAGUCCCUAUUCACAAAGGUUAUCUCUGCUUCUCAGAUGCACAUGGCUGGUUUAACUGAUGAAUGUAGGAUGGUCAGUCUGAGAGACAUUGAGCGCUGCAUGAAAACAGUCAUGUGGUUUUAUCAGCAAAAGGUCACAUUAUUCCCUGAAAUGGACAAACAUAGUAAUAGUACCAAUAUAGGUGUACAUGAGUUGGUUCGAUCCCUCAUCCUUGCAAUCGGAGUUUGCUACAUGGCAUCUCUUGAAAAUCGUGAUGCAUAUCUGGAAAAGGUUGCCGAGGAAUUACUAUUGAAUUCUGAGGCUAUCAGCACUGAGAUAGAGUCAUGCAAAAAAGUGUUCAUUGACCAUGUUGACUGUCCAGGUUCUGUGGCAAAGAAUGAUGCCCUGAAGGAAAAUGUGUUCAUGAUGGUUGUUUGCAUGAAUUUGAGAAUUCCAUUAUUCCUUGUUGGUAAACCAGGGAGUUCCAAAUCGUUAUCCAAGACUAUUGCUGCCCAUGCAAUGCAGGGGAAAAGCUCCCAAAGUGAACUCUUCAAAGGCUUCAAAAAAGCCCAGCUUGCUUCCUUUCAGUGCAGCCCUCACUCUUCCCCCGAUGGUAUCAUCUCUGUGUUCAGACAGUGUACACAGUUUCAGAGGGAGAAGAAUCUAGAUGAAUAUGUCUCUGUGGUGGUCCUUGAUGAAAUUGGACUGGCAGAAGACUCCCCAAAGAUGCCUUUGAAAACACUGCACCCACUUUUGGAAUUUGGUUGCAUUGAUGAUGAGCAACCUGAAGACUUCAAAAAGGUUGCAUUCAUUGGGAUUUCCAACUGGUCACUGGAUCCAGCAAAGAUGAACAGAGGUAUUCUGGUCCUGAGAACAUCUCCAGAGUUUGAAGAGUUGGAGAACACAGCUCUUGCUAUAUGUCCCCAUGAUGAAAAGCACAUACUCCCUGAAAUUAAGAUACUCAUUUCUUCACUUACUGAGUUUUACCAAAAGGUGCUUUGUGAACAGGAACAGUUCGGUGAAUUCUUUGGACUCAGGGACUUUUACAGUCUCGUUAAGCUAAUUGUGUCAUAUGCCAUAGAAACAAAUGGAAGACCUUCAAAUGAGGAGCUUACCAAAGCUGUUCAGCGGAAUUUUGGUGGAUUUGAUUCCAUUGAUAUUCUUAAAAUAUUCGGGGAUGUUUUUGGUCAGAAAACAGAAAAAUGUGACACAAUUUCUUUGCUUAGAGAAAACCUGACGAUAUGCACAUCAGGUUUUACAUCCAGGUAUCUUCUCUUACCAACAACAAACCAUGCAGCACUACAAAUUCUGAAACUGCAGGGAAUUAUCAAUGAAGAAAGCACUGAGGUCAUCUUUGGAUCUGGAUUCCCACAUGAUGAAGAGUAUUCCCAGGUGUGUCGCAUUGUAAACAGAGUGAAGACAUGCAUGGAGACAGGGAGAGCAGUCAUACUGCUGAAUAUUCAGAGUCUCUAUGAGAGUCUCUACGAUGCCCUGAAUCAAUGCUAUGUGAAGUUAGGGGGCAGUUACUAUGUAGAUCUUGGGCUUGGGUCCCAUCGUGUGAAGUGUAGAGUAAAAGAUGAGUUCCGACUCAUUGUCAUUGAAGAGAAGAGCACAGUAUAUAAACAGUUCCCUACUCCACUUCUGAACCGUCUGGAGAAACACUGUGUGGAGAUCAGCAAUAUCCUCCCACCCUAUGCGAAGGAAAUGCAGAAUGAACUGGAGAACUGGUUGAAGACACUUGUGACAACUGACAUGUAUCAAUCGGAAGAAGUGGCAGACAUCUCGAGGAAAAAGCAUGACUGCAUUAUAGGAUACACCGAAGACACGUGUGCAUCUGUGCUAUUACAGUGUUGUCCAGACAUUGUUUCCAGACAUCAGGAACGGCAUGAUUCAGACAGAACUGAUGAACUGGAUGAUUCUGACGGAAAAGAAAUUCUUGACUUGGCCAAGGAAAAGCUACUUCAGUGUGCAACUCCUGAUUCAGUGUUGAAAGCAUCAAAGUAUACUUGUGCAAUUCAUGACAUCUUGCUUGAGGUAUAUUUUGUCAAACAGCCUCAUGGGAAUAUGAUAAAGACCCUGAUGAAAUACAGAGAAUACCCCAAAGGACUUAAUAUUGAGGUGUCCACAUUUUCCCGUCUCCUGAAUAAAAGAGAUCUGGAGCAAAUCAACAACCAACUCAACAUUGGAGAAAAUGACUCUUGCCUCUACCUGCUCAAUGAGUUUUACACAGAGCAGUCAUUUACUCAGACACUGAGAGACUUCCUUGUAGCUGAUACAGGAGCACGCAAGCUGGUACUAUUGCAGUCUUACUUUGAAUGUGCAAAACAAAGUCAGCGCAUUCUAUUUUGUGUAAGACAUAAUAUAACUCACCUGAGAAGCAUGAUGAAGGACACACCUGAGUUUGAUGUUGUUCUUAUCACAAGAUUACCAAGAAUUUCAGGAGGAUGUGGCUACAUUGCUUCUUUUGGAGAUGAUUGGACGUCACUGCACCUCGAUGAGCUUAUUCCAACCUUUGGAUUUCCUGGUGACAUAUACCAGCUACAGAGUAUGACCGUCUCAGAGAUUCUACAGAAGAGUUCUGCCUCUUGCUUUGUGGAAAAUGGCACAGAUGGAUGUGAAGAAAGUACAAAAAGAGAGGUGACCCUGGUAGACAAUGUGCUGCUAAUCAAGAAGUCUCUGCAAAAGGGCAUUUUGCAGCUGCAAGACAAGGCAGAUAAUACACACAGGGCAACAAAACGCAUAGAAAUUUUGCAUGGCUUACUUCAUAACAAAUAUAAAGUCUCAGAAGACUUCAUCUCAAUAUUACAGAGAAGAAUCAUCAGCCUUCUUUCAGUGCAAGAGAAAGGGGAGAAUUGGGUCACUACCCAGGCUUUGUCUGGGCACCUUGUUGCUGAGGGAGGGUCCUUCAGACACAUGCUAUGGGUUCACCUGGAAGACACUAUGGCAUCUGCCUUGGCCCAAAUCUUGGCGGUCAUUGAUGGGGACAACAACCUUGACAACCUCAUCAAUGAUCCAUCUCCUGAGAUGGUGGAGCUGUGGCUAAAGAUAUUUCAAGAGGAUCAGUGGGACCUGUUGAAUAUACCAGCUACUCAAUCUCAAGGAAAGGUGUGUGUUGUGUCAAGUACAAGACUGAAUGAUAAGUCAAGGUCCUGCCUUUUCCCAUUUGGCUGGGUGUUGAAAGAGAGACUGCAUUGUCUCUGGUCAAAAUUAAUAAAUCUUAAAGGUCCCUGUCCUUACCCACUUCUGGAGUACUUGGAAAAAUUUGAAGAGCUCAUUCCCCUGGACUGGGUGAAAAACAUCAGGGGAAGCAGUGAAUUGUUUGCCCGAUUCUCUGAAGACCUGGUGAACAUGACGAUGACAGCAUACCCACAUGACCUAAACAAGUCUUUCUCUAACACACUCCUUGAGCUGACCCCACGCCUCUAUCAUGAGUUAACUGGAAAAGAUCCAGAGAAUGUCUCUCUUCCCUGGCUGUUUGUUGCCUAUCAGUACAUGCAGGAUAACCAUCAGCAUUUCUACAAUUUGUAUAUCCAGGACAAUGACUUGGUGGAUGCUGGAGAGGCAACAGAGGCAUUGAAAAGGACAAUUCAAAGCCUCCGGCCAAAGGAAGACAUAAUGAAGGACUUUACUGACUGCCAGGACUGGAUAAAGAAAGUCAAGUCAUUGUCGAUGUCAGUGGAAGUGAUGCUUUCUGAAAACUCCCUGGUGACCAGGCUUGGAGAAAAUGGGAUGCUACUCUUCACAGAAAUCAGGCUUUUUUGGCAAAGCACCAGGAUUAUGUAUCUUCUCAUGGACCAUCUUCUUCAAAAUGAGACAGACAUGGAGAAAAAACUUUUAACACUUCUCGUUCGAAAUCUCAUUUGGAUGUGGAAGAACCUUAACUCUGAGAAUGGAAAGAAUAUGGAAUAUGUGAUUGAGAAGGUCACAGGAGCCCUGACAAAGUGUGGAAAGAAUGCUUGCAAUAUUUUCAUGGUUAACUGUACAUAUUGUGAUAAAGAAUUUACAGAGGACAACACUGCUAAAGUGGAAUGUGGACACAUGUUUCAUCUGUCAUGCCUGAGGGAACACAGUGACAGAAACUGUAGGAAAUGCAAGAAAGAGAUAAGCAUGGAUUACAAACCGUGUGGAGUUGUGGAUAAGGAAACUUUUCUGAAAGUGAACCGAUUCAGGAGAAAGUGCAGCUCUUUUUUUGUUGAGUUCAUGUGGAACUUUGUUCCUACCAAAGCCAAGCUGACCGACAAAAUAGUUGAAGAGCUGAUGAACUACGUGAGAGGCAGCCCAUCUGUAGAAGAUACAAAAUCUGAAAAGUCCACACUAGAGAAGUGUCUGAAGCCUGACCCUGCAACUUAUUCUCUUGUGCUGAAGAUUUUACUGAGAUGCGGAAUGGAGGAGUCAGCUACUCAGCUGCAGAGGUUCCUAGACACAGCUUUAAGCUCCAGCAAGGACAACACUGAGGAACUCUACUUCAUGAUAGUGCGCAGUAUAGAGGAUCACAUACACUCAUCGAACCAAGGGUGUCUUAUCGAAAAGGCACAAGAGUGUCUCAGCACCUGCAUGUUGAGCAGAUCUGGCCCAGAUAACAUCACGGCUGAAGACCUUCAUACAAUUGCAAAAUUAAGAUUUGCUAUUUCAAUAGCCUCUGACGUGAUACACAAUGUGCUAGCAGAAGAUGAACAAGUAAUAACCGAUAAGGGAAAUGAGCAGCUGCUUCAGAGUUUGCACAAGCUCAUAUCCGAUUCAGACAAUCCAUGGAUACAGAUUUACCUACUGAGGUGUUUCUUAAAGUUGUGUACAUAUUUGGAAUAUAACUGGAUUUACCAUGCCUAUGGAAUUCAAAACCCAAUAUCUGGGUAA